UCUCUCUUGAACUUAUAAAGUGACUUCAGUGCAGCUGUGCAGUGCAGGUGCUCUUCUACAGGCACAGGAAGUUAGCGAGCGAGAGAGAGAGAGAUCACUAGAGGUAGUGAGAGAGAACAAUGAGAAGAAGAAUUUCUCUUGAAGUCACACAUCUUCUCUUAGCACUAUGCUAUUGCUUAUGCCACCGCACUAAGUUAACUGUAGCAGCUUUUGUUGUCAACCAAACCAUGAAGCCUCUUUUCCCAGCUGUUAUUUUGUUUGGAGAUUCCAUAGUUGAUGCAGGAAACAACAACAACCUCAAAACCUUGCUGAAGUGCAACUUCCCUCCUUACGGAAAGGAUUUCAUCAAUCAUAUUUCAACUGGGAGAUUUUCAAAUGGCAAGAUUCCUGGUGACUUCAUAGCCUCAACCUUGGGAGUGAAGGAGCUCGUACCAGCUUAUCUCAGCCGAAAGCUUGCAGAUGAAGAUCUCCUUACUGGAGUCAGCUUUGCUUCUGGAUCUACAGGAUAUGAUCCCAUUACCUCUCUUGUUGCAUCAGUUAUAUCAAUGGAAGAUCAGCUCAAACUAUUUGGCGAAUACAAAGAGAAACUCAAAGCUGUAGCAGGAAAGGCGAGGGCCGAUAGCAUAAUAUCUGGCGGCUUUUAUGUUGUGUGCGCCGGUUCUAACGAUCUCGUCAACACUUACUUCCCCACUCUGUUUCGGAAACUGCACUACGAUGUUCCUUCUUACGUCAACUUCCUCGCCAGUAAAGCUUCUGAUUUCGUCCAGAAAUUAUACAAAAUGGGGGCACGAAGGAUUGGAUUUAUAGGGCUUCCUCCUGUAGGAUGCUUGCCUUCACAAAUGACUUUUUCAGGAGAUAUUUUCAGAGAAUGUGUAGAAGCUCAAAAUGAAGCAGCUUUGCUCUAUAAUUCCAAGAUUAGUGCAGAAAUUAAAAGACUGUCUGCAAAUUUCAAAGACUCGAAGCUUGUCUACCUUGAUGUCUACUCCAUAUUGAUUGAUAUCAUUCAGAGGCCCUCAGCUUAUGGAUUUGAAGUCUCAGAUAAAGGAUGCUGUGGAACAGGAGAGUUUGAGGCUUCAAUACUAUGCAAUAAUAAGUCACCUAUAUGCUCUGAUGAUACUAAAUACAUAUUUUGGGAUAGCUUUCACCCAACAGAAAAAGCCUACAACACUAUAGUAGAUAAACUUCUCCAAAAUGACUUGAAAGAUUUGAUCUGAAUGAGUAUACUGUGUUUCUUUCUUCUGCUUAUGGCUAUUUCUUUAUCAAAUUCUACAUGUAGUAUAUACUGGGAGGGCAUGGUUAUAAUUAACAAAUUGUAUUCUGUUAUGGAUGAAUAAACUUAAAUAAGAA